UAUCGGCUCGUUUCGUUCUCGUGGUUAUGGACACACCCAUUUGCCAAGAGAUUAUCUAUGUUAUAUAGUUGAUUAGUUAUCCAGGUCGGGUAGGGAGCUCGACAAAGACCCCCAACAUCGUCAUCGCUCUUAACACACCGUAACCUCGAACAGGCCCCGACACGCGGGCAUACCACCAUGUCGCAGCAAAUCGAGGCGCCUGGUACACCAGCACGGCAACGACCUGGUGGUGCUUGUGAAGAAUGUCGGCGAAGGAAGCUGCGCUGUGAUCGCCAGCAUCCACAGUGUGGUGUAUGUGCCGCCGCUGGCGUCGCCUGCUUCACCACGACGACCCGGGCACCUCGAGGACCCAAGCGCGGCUACUUAAAAGCCAUGCAAGCCCGCAUCGCCGCACUCGAGGGCGCUGUCAACCAACAGCAAGGUGAUGGCGACAUGGUCGAGCCAGUCUGCGUGGACACUUGGUCGGACGAUAUCUUCACAACCGAUAUAGACCAACUGGGCUCGCAGUGGGACUUUUCCACUGCGGACGCCGAAGGUUUAUUGCAAGACGUUUGCCUUACGAUCCCUCCGCCAUACGGCUCUUCCAUUGGAAGCACUACAACUGGAUCGGAGAGCGCGGUGUCAGCACCAUCGACGCGAGCCUUUGAGGAGUCGAUCUCCCUGGAAACUCGAAAUAAUCUGGCGGCUUUCGAGGACUCCAAUGGAUUCUGCACCACAAACGUAUCGACCUUGAUGCAGGCGGAACUAGAUCAGUUGUAUUUCGAUCGGGUUGACGCCUGUAUGCCGAUAGUACAUCAGGGGUGGUAUUCAUCAUGGGCACGACAGACGACUAAGACGAGGCAACAACUGGGUUUACAGUACACAUUGUGGACAGCGGCUGCGGCGGCCUCGGCACAUUACCAGGGAAUGGGAGAAGCACUGUACUACGAGGCGCGGAGGCUGAUCAGGGAUCCCGAGGAGGGACCGUCGAGUCCAGCAACGACCGAGAUCGAAUACGUGCAAGCAUGGCUUCUGCUUGCCAUCCACGAGCUCAUGUUUAUCGACUUUCGCCGCGGAUGGAUUAGCGCUGGGCGUGCGUUUCGGCUCAUCCAGCUGGACUGGGCACGUUACACAGACGACUUGGGCUCGAAUUGUGCCUCUACGGGAUGGAUUGAAUCGGAACAAAAGCGUCGAACGUUUUGGAUGGCUUACUGCCUCGAUCGCUUCAUGAGCCUUCGAAGUGGCUCACCGCCGACCUUUAGCGAACAGAAUAUCAUCCGGCUUCCUGCGCCCGAAGCGGCGUUUCAGAACGACUCAUACGUACUGACGGGCUGUCUCGCCGACGCCAUCGCAUCGAGCGACGCGAACCCGACGUCACCCUUCACCGAGUGCAUCGUCGUCGCCACCAUGGCUGGCCGUGCGCUGGCACACCAACACCUCGCAGCCACACAGCCCAACCCCCCGCGGGAUUUCUGGGGCCGUCAUCAGCUGAUCAACUCAGUCAUGAUGCCGAGGAUGGCUGCCUUUUCGCUCAAGUAUCCCACGGCCAUGCAGGACGCCGACCCAGCGCUGCUGUUCGUGGGUCUCAUGUGGCGCGCGAUACUGCUCUUCUCACAGGUCACCGUCAUUGCGGAGCGGACGGUUCAAGCGGCAACGGACGACAGUGGUUUCGUCGUGGCGGAAUACGCGAGGCGGUCCUCGCUGGCCGCACAGGAGGUAGUGUGCAUAGCCAAGAAAUUAUCGCAGGUGAAUUGGUUCAAGAUUCAUCCUCUGAUGCCGAUUCCGUUAUCCCUGUGCUCGGAACUCCUCAGUUCGCACGAGGGGCUGGACGAGUCGGUGAAGAAGCGGUUGCCGCUGAUUGGAGAAGUCAUGAACGAGAUAAAACAGUUCAAUAAUCUCGGUCGGGGUUUUUACAAUUACAAGGUUUAGUUGGGCGGGUGGUAUUAGAUAAGUAAGUAAGUAACCAGGGAUAGACCCGGAGCACAGCAAAACAACACCCCCAAAAUAGUCGUGUAUGGG